AUGGAGACAAACGAUGUUGUUGCCAAUGUUCAAAACUCAGAAGAAGAGGCGGAGGAGGCGUUAUCGCUUUGCGAUCUUCCGAUUUCCGCCAGUGAGACCAGCGGCAAGGAUUUCUCUCCAUGUGGCCGCCGCUCGACGUCCGAGCCGCCGGAGCUGUUCGAGUUCUUCAGUAAUUUGAGCUAUGAGAUGAGUCCGGCCGACGAGAUCAUCUUCUGCGGCAAGCUCGUGCCUUUCAAAGACGCUCAAACUCGAGAAAUUCAGGAUAAUAAGCAAGGCAGUGUUCAGAAGGCGAGCACUCUUCGCCGGCGAUCGGAGUCGCUUUCGGAGUUGCAGACGUCUCGGAGCAACAGCGCCAAGAGCCGCCUCGUGAGGAACAGCCGGUCUCUGGAUUACCGCAAACUGUACCGAUCGUCGAGCUCGCAGACCUCGCCGGGCCCCGAAAUGGAUCGGAAUUCGUCCGAUAAGAGCUCGGGGAGGUCCGAUAUUUCGGUCCGGAAGGUGCCGAAAUCUCGGUGGUAUCUACUGAUGUUUGGGCUAGUGAAGUUUCCACCGGAGAUGGAGCUAAGAGACAUCAAGAGCCGUCAAGUUCGCCGAAGUCCAUCGACAUUGUUCCCUUCACUGGACGCCUCAGUAAAAGUUCCGGUUAAACGGAGCUCCGGCAAGUGCUCUUGGGGAAUCCUCAGAGCACUGAGCUGCAAGGACGCCAGCGUCGCUGUAACGGCGUCGUUUCACUGUAUUCCUCGUGCGUGA